ACAGUAAACGCGCUCCGCUAGACUCCCCAAAUUUGUUUUUGUUUUCCAGGCUUGUGUCCAGGCAAAUUCCAGCUUUCUUUUUGUUUCAGAAUUUCUAGGUAUUUAUCUCCGUGAAAAUGAGCGAAAAAAAUACCGAAAAUCCAGAAAUUCUAUCAACAGUCUUGGCUGGGUACUGCCAGUGCCAAGUCUGCUAUCAGCCUUUUAAUGAAACCACAAAAUUGGCUCGGUCCUUGCACUGUGGCCACACUUUCUGCACAGAAUGCAUCAGAAACGUGCAAAACUACGGUAAUUCCCCACAUUUAGAGUGCCCUACUUGCCGUGCGGAAACUAAAAGCAACAUCGAAAAUGUAGCACCAAAUUUUUCAAUUAUGGAAUUGGCAAGGAAUUUCGGGCUUCUGGGUCCUCCAGUUGACGCUCCGCGAACUUCCUCUAGUUGCUGCUCAAAUAAAACGAAUAGAGAUGAAAUGAUUGAUAAUAAAUUCCGCGAGCUGCUUGUUGAAGUAAAAAGCAGUCUCAUUCACCAUUUUGACGUUUUCCGCAUCAAAUCACAGCUAUGGAGUCUAGCAGAAGCCGAGCGAGAGGUCAGCAACAUGGCUGAAGCCUUGGCAGGGGCUGUUUCUGAAUGUUAUUACGAUUCUGACGACAAUUCUGAUGCGAAUUCUGAGGAUCAGCGAGUUCGAACUAUGCUAAGGUUCUUGGCAGCAAGAGACAGCGAUUCUGAGACUACAGAAGACUCAACAGAUUUUCUAGAAUCAAAUACUACUGUCCCGGACAGAACACUGGGUGGCGGUUUCUAUCGCAAUUUUCGUCGUCUUUUUGGAGACGAAAACGAACUAGAUGAUCCAGGUGUGGUUUCAGGUAUUGAGGAGGCGGCCGCCUACCGACGUUUUCGAGGACUUUUUGGAAAUGACAACGACAGCAUUUCGCAGGUUUCCACAACUUCCGGCAGUUUUGGGAAUCAUGAGAAUGAUCAUUUUUGUCCGUUUUCCGAUGACGAUAAUAUCUCCGAAUGUUCCGAUGACUACUAUCCCACAUUGGUUAUGCCUGAAACAGAUGAAGAGGAGACGUACAAAAGUUUUCGCUGCCUUUUUGGAGAUGAAAACGGGAACCUCGACUUUUCCGACGACGAAAAAGAAUUCUCCGACAAUGAAUCUUCACUCAGCUCAGUUUCCACUGAAGACUUUCCGAAUUCGCACAUAGAAGAAGCCGGCAGAGUUCUUCACAGAUUUCUUCUGCUCUCUGCUCUUCUGAAUGAAGAAUAAAUUACUAUAUAAUUCAAUUUUAUCCCGUCUCCGCCUGAAAUUUUUGUAUUGUUUUACAUGUUUUAAUAGAGAAAAUAAAGAUCUCUUCUUGUU